AUGCUGGCAGCUGACUCAAUAGACCUCGAUUCUGAUGGCGAAGUGCAGCUGCAGCCACUCCUGGAGCUGGGAAGCAGAUCCAGAGGGUGCAGGGAAGAGGCCCAUGUUCCGACGCGGCGGUGGGGCAGAUGCUUCUCGGGCGCAGUGCAUGGUGCCGCUGUCACCGCUGGGGCAAGCCAGCGCGGUGAUUCGGCGUCCAGCUCGUUCGAUUGCAUCGUGGUGCGCGGAGAUGAUGCGACCAACAGCAAAGAAUUGCGCAGUGCACGUGCCGACUGGCACAGGCUUCUGGCGGCAGCGCAGGCUCCGUUUGAGGACCCCGAGUUUCCGGCGGAGCCGAAAUCAAUCUGUGGCCGCGAGGAGUCGCUGCAGUCGCCCCAGGAGCAACCACGAUGCCGCUGUGGCCAAGCUUCUAAGAAGUCAGAGGUUCGCAAAGAGGGUCCGACAAAGGGACGACCAUACUGGCACUGCGAGAAGCGUCGCUGCGGCUUCUUUGCUUGGGCUGACUCAGAGCACCGACGUCGCGAGAAGAUCUGGUGGCAGCGCUUCCCGGAAUUCAUGAUAGUCAGUGACUUCGGUUUCCGUGCGGAGGAUCUGCGGCAGGGCGGUGUUGGUGACUGUUGGUUCAUGUCAGCGCUGGCUGUGGUGGCAGAGCGGCCGGACCUGGUGCUGCGACUCUUCGGGGGUGAGACCGCCAGGAAUCCGGUGGGGUGCUACCAAGUGAAUCUUUUCCUGGAUGGCGAGUGGAGGGCCAUCAACAUAGAUGACCGCCUGCCCUGCACAGACCAGCAGAGACGACCAGAUGGAAGCGGACUGGCUUUCAGCCGUGCCGAUGGGCAGCAGCUGUGGACUCCUCUGCUUGAAAAGGCUUACGCCAAGGCUCAUGGCUCAUACCGCGCCAUAAGUGGUGGUGAGAUUGCCGAGGCAUUGCUGGACCUCACCGGGUGCCCGACUGAGAGCAUCGACUUUGAUGAGCCGGGCUUUGAUCCGCAGGAGCUGUGGGAGAGGCUUAUGGACUUCAAGGCCAAAGGCUUUCCCAUGGGCUGCGCAACUGCUGGAAACCCUGAGCUGCGGGAGGUCGGUCUAUGUGGCAACCACGCGUACAGUGUGCUGGAUGUCAGGGAGCUUUACGACCAGCGGUUCGUGGGUAGGGAGGUGGGCUAUGGAGGGGCACAGCAGGAUGGUCUGAUUCGCCUCCUUCGCAUACGGAAUCCGCACGGGAUGGGCGAGUGGAACGGGGAAUGGAGUGACAGAUCCGCAGAGUGGACCGGCAGUCUCUCAAGCGAACUGGGAUGUACUGGCGUUGAUGAUGGCACUUUCUGGAUGGACUACACGCACUUCUUGAUGGGAUUUCAGGUCGUAGAUGUUUGCCUGGCUCAUCGCGGCUGGCAUGCGGCAAGCUUCCCCAAUGCCUUUUGUGCGAAGUCUUCCGGAAGUCGGAUAUGCAAGUACUUCUACGAGUUGAGCUGCGAUGCUGCGACCACCCUCUAUGCCAUGGCCCUGCAACCGACGAAGCGAGGCUCCUGGUGCAGGGAAGACCGGAAGAAAAGCUACAAACCAGGCGACAUCAGCUUGCUUGUGCUGCGCAUGAGCGGAGGAGGGCCCGCGGAUGUUCAGGAGGGUCAUGCAUUCGCGGAGGCCCAGCCAGCUGGCACUCAGUCGGAUUCGGACUUUCCUGACACGAUCUUCUUCGACGCGGUGCUCCGGGACUUCAAGGCAGACCAUCCAGACUUCCAGUCGAUGGAUGGACACACCGAAGGCCUAGUCGAGUCCACUCUCGGCCCUGACAAGAAGCCAGUUUACAAGGGCGGGGCCCAGUUGUCGAACAAGUCAAACUUCGAUCAGUGGUUCCGAGAUGUGCCCGGAGUGAAUCGUCGCAUUAACUUCAAGCUCGACUUGAACAAGAGUGACACGGGAACCUAUGUGCAUGACGACCCGAGCUUCUUCCCGGUUGAUGGCAUGGGAUGGAAGGACAGUGCAAUUGCACUAGAUGGGUUGGAGCAUAACUUCUACUUCACCCUGGAGCUGCACACUACUUUCGUGUACAAGAGUGGUGACCAGUUCACAUUUCGUGGAGAUGAUGAUGUUUGGGUUUUCAUGAAUGAUCGUCUUGUUAUUGAUCUGGGCGGUGUACACAACCCCAUGCAGAAGACCUUCGACCUGGACAGCCUGAACCUCACUGAGGGUGCCGCUGUCUCCCUGAGCUUCUUCUUUGCUGAGCGACGUUGCUGUGGCUCGGAGUUUCGCGUGGAGACCAGCAUUGUGCCAGUGAAGGGUUCCUGCACGAUCUGGGGCGAUCCGCACAUCUCCAUUUUUGACAGUGGUUUGUUUGGAGCAGAUGAAACGGAGCCAGUGUCCAUUCUGACCAGUGGUGACUACUGGCUGGUCAAGAAUCCAGACAUCUCCAUUCAAGGCCGCUAUGGGACAACCAAAUUUACCGUGGCGGGCCAGUCCGCUCUCCUUGAGCUGGCGGUCAGUGGCCCGUUCGUGCGCAACGAGACUUUGAUCGUGCAGCCGAUGAAUGGCCAGAUUACCUGGGAUGGGGCUGCUAUUCUGAAGCAGAUACCUUCAGAGUUUGUGAAACCCUUCAGCAGGGUCAAAUUCAUGGAUGGCGACGAGCACAUCGACGCUGUUCUGAAAGGCUAUCCUGUAAAGCUGGUCCGGGCAUUCUUCGUUCGCAACGUGGAGAUUUUGAUCAACCGAUGGCCGGAGCACAUUGAUGCCAUCAUUCGCAUGCCCCAGCAGCUCUACGGUCAGGAUGGUCAUUGUGGGAACUUCAACUUUGAUCCCAGUGAUGAUACGAAGGAGCUAAUCCUCGAGAGGAGUGGAGGCCCAGUGUCCAAGGAGGAGUCGCUCUUUCCCGAACCGGGCCAAAGCAUCCAAGCCUUUGCAGAAAGGUCACUUGAAGAAUGCGACGCAGAGGUGCGUCUGAAAGCGGAGGAUGUGUGUGGAUCCAGUAAAGGGCGCUUCGUGCGAGAUGCCUGCGUGUUUGACUACUGCUUCGCCGGGAAGGAGUUUGCCGCAGAGGACACCAUCGUCAUGCAAGCGUACAAUGACUGGCCAGUCUGCAUGCUUCGCGCGCUUUCGUCAGUAGUUGGAGGCAACUUCUUCUGUGCAGACAUCAUGGCCAGAAGGUGCGUUGAGGCCCGCCUUGAACGUGGUCAACGAUAUUUGCUGGCGGCCUUCUGCUUUGGUUCAGGGCCUGUGGCACAUGGGGGCGAGGCGCGUGUGGCUCCCUUCAAGAUGAGGAUCUUCUCCUCGGAGCCGCUAGGUGUGCGAGUGCUUGAGCCAGAGCGCUGUCCACAAAUGGCUGCAGCUGCACUGACCGGCCUGCAUGCCGCAUGCCUGAGCCUGACAGCGGUUCCCGGCCGACGCUUUCGAAGGCAGGUCAGACCCCUGGGCGCUGAUCUGUGCCUGUUUCAGGUAACGGGUGAAGGCGCUGUCUUGCUGCUGCUUGCCAACGCUACAAGCUCUGAUGUGACUGUGAAGCUCACAGCAGAGGUGAAGGUGAUGACGGCGCGCUGUUUUGAAGGUUUGCUAUCGGCUGCACCCAGUUCAGAGACGGACAAGAGUGCAGAGGUCACCUGCUUCAACUGCGGCAAGCCGGGUCACAUCGCAAGUGACUGUCCUGGUCCCAGGCAACGUGGGAUCAGAACGCCAUGGCGUUAUCCUGCGAAGUGGCGACGGGUUGUGACGGCUUGCCGUCUUCCAUCAGGCAGCCAGCGAAUUGCCAUUGCACUCAUUGGCAACGGAAUGCAGGCUGAGAUGGGUGGUGUCGAGGUGCAGAUCGCGGAUGGCAGCGAGGAUUGGGCCAAGCCGAGUACUAGUUCCAGGCAGCAACAGCUUCAGAGCUACAUGCAGACAUCCUAUGGGCCAACUGCGCAACCUCUGGAUGCUUUCGAGCCACGGCAGAUCAUGAAAGGUCUUGUGGAAGCCGCCACGGCGUUGCAAGUGGCUGGCAAGAAGACAGUCGGGACUGCGGUGGCAGAGGUGCUGGACUGGAUCUCUGAGGAGUCUCUCGCUCAAGCUGCUGCUGCAAGCCUCGAGCAGAUGCGUGUUCAGGAAGAGCAGCAGCUUGAACAGGCCAUGGCGGCUUCGAGAGGCGUGUCGGUGAUCGACUUGCAGCCCGAGUCGGACGACAGGUUGCUGGCAGAAGCUCUUGCUGCCUCCAGUGAGGCGCAGGCCAUGGAAGCCUCGCGAAAAGAGCUCCUGGCAGCGGAGGAAGCCGAACUACAGGCUGCCUUGCUUCUAUCUCGUGGAGCUCUUGCAGCACCAGAGUUUGUUGUGGAUUCCUCCGAUGAGGAAGCGGCUGAUGCGGUUGAGAUGCCCGCACUUCGCGAGACCAAGCGCCACAAGGCUGCGGCCUGA